UCAAACACAACCCAAAUCAUAACUCUAGUUCUAGUCAACAAAAACACCUCAUCCCUCUCUGUCUCUGUCUUUCUUGCUCCUCUCUCUUUACAACAACAACAACAACAAAAAGAAAAGAAAUGGAUGGAAGCUGCGUAGAUGAGAGCACAACUAGUAGUACUGAUAACUCCAUAUCCAUCACACCAACCUCCCUCACCCCUUCUCCACCUCCAGCUACCACAACAAAAUCACCACCUGAGUCACUUUGCCGUGUUGGGAGCGGCAAUAGUGUGAUUCUUGAUUUGGAAUUAGGUGUCGAAGCCGAAUCAAGAAAGCUCCCUUCCUCUAAAUACAAAGGGGUUGUCCCCCAACCAAAUGGUCGCUGGGGUGCACAGAUUUACGAGAAGCACCAGCGUGUGUGGCUUGGGACAUUCAAUGAAGAAGAUGAAGCAGCGAGAGCCUAUGAUACCGCUGCGCAAAGGUUUCGUGGAAGGGAUGCCGUGACUAACUUCAAACAGGUUAAUGAAACUGAAGAUGAUGAGAUAGAGGCUGCUUUUCUGAUCACUCAUUCAAAAGCUGAAAUCGUUGACAUGUUAAGGAAACAUACGUACAGCGAUGAGCUAGAGCAAAGCAAAAGGAACCAAAGGAGUAACAAUGGGGUAAAUGGGAAGCAAUACAAGAAUACAGCAAACUAUGGGAGUAAUAGUUAUGACCAUGGUUGUGGCCGGGUGUUGAAAGCGCGUGAACAGCUUUUCGAGAAAGCUGUGACUCCAAGUGACGUUGGGAAAUUGAAUCGGCUUGUCAUACCAAAACAACAUGCAGAAAAGCAUUUUCCUUUGCAGAGUACAUCAAGCUGUAGUACUAAGGGUGUGUUGCUUAACCUGGAAGAUAUGAGUGGUAAAGUGUGGAGGUUUCGUUAUUCUUAUUGGAAUAGUAGCCAGAGUUAUGUUUUGACCAAAGGGUGGAGCCGAUUUGUUAAAGAAAAGAGCUUGAAAGCUGGUGACAUUGUUUGCUUUCAAAGAUCAACAGGGCCAGAUAAGCAGCUUUACAUUGAUUGGAAAGCAAGAAGCGGGUCCAACCAGGUCCAGCCGGUUCAACCGAUUCAGAUGGUGAGGUUGUUUGGGGUCAACAUCUUUAACGUACCUGGGAUGGAAAAUGGGUGUAAUGGGAAGAGAUCAGUGAGAGAAAUGGAGCUUUUGUCGUUAGAUCAUCAGUAUAGCAAGAAACAAAGGAUCAUUGGAGCUUUGUAACAUUUUGUUUUCAGUGUUUUGGUUUUUGUCCAUGUUUUUCUCUGCUUUUUUCUUGGCAAUUUGUGAAUUUUAGGAAGGUGUAGGGAGGGUGGGGUUUCAGGAGGUGGAGGUGUAGCUGCUGCAAGUUGCGCAAAAGGGUAAUUGUAUAUUAUUUUGUUACAAGACAAAAGGCUGAAGAAAGCUUGAAAUUAGGUGCAACAAAGUAUAACGAAAGAAAAAGGAAAACAAGAAAUGGAUGACUGUCAAUUUGUUUA